UUAUUUUUAAGAGAUCUCAAAACUUUUUGAAUAUUUAUUUUCGAAAAGGUUGAUUUAAGGAGAUGAAGAAAGAAAUACAGAAAAAAGUAAAAAUAAAAAAUAAAAAGUGAGAAGUAGAGUAUAUUUAGUAAAAAUAAAAAAAAAUUUUAAAGUGUAAAUAAAAAUGGGGUGUAUAUAAUAUUGCAUGAAUUUCUGUCAUAAUAUUGCAGUUUGUAUUUUCAACUGCUGUUGAUGGCAAAAUCAAGGCUUGGUUGUAUGACAAUAUGGGCUCUAGGGUUGAUUAUGACGCUCCUGGACACUGGUGUACCACAAUGCGCUACAAUGCUGAUGGUAGUAGGUAAGCAGAUGAAAAGUCAACCUAGUAUCUACAGUGGUUAUCCUUUUUCUCUUACGCUGAUGCUACAAAUCUCCUCAGCGUCUAGGAAAUGUAAUAAAUUAACAAUCCUCUCUCCAAUUCAGAUUAUUCUCUUGUGGGACAAGUAAAGAAGGGGAUUCAUUCUUGGUUGAAUGGAAUGAAAGUGAAGGAAAAAUAAAAGGACGUAUUCUGGUUUGAGAAAGAACUCUACUGGUGUAGUACAGUUUGACAUGACAAGGAAUCGCUUUUUGGCUGUUGGUGAUGAUAGCCAGAUUAAAUUUUGGGAUAUGGACAAUACAAAGAUUCUCACCAGCACAGAAGCUGAGGGGGAACUUCCGGUUAGCUUCUUAUUUUUUCAUUUCAGCUUCCCUUUUUGUGUAUCGUUUGCAGGUUGAAUUAACAUACACUUUGAUUUCAAAUUGGUUAUCUUACUUGAUAAUGGAAUGGCAUAGAAUCUUCCCCGAUUGAGAUUCAACAAAGAAGGGAAUUUACUUGUUGCUACUACAGCAGACAAUGAAUUCAAGAUUCUUGCAAAUGCCAAUGGCCUUGGAGCAUUAAGGGCAAUGGAGGCUCAAUCUUAUGAAGCAUCCCGAAAACCACUCGAGAUGAAGGUUAUUAUCUUCCAAUGCAAUGCUACCUGGCUUUGCAUUUGUUUAUGUUAUGAACUUCUAUUGACAACUUGGUUUUCCGCUUGAUUAUGGAUUCGGUAUCUAAUUCUGCUCUGGAUACAAGCAUUGGUCCAGUUGUUAGCAAAGUAGAUGGUGUAGAUAGUCCUUCCAGGCCUACCCCCAUUCUUGUAUGCUGCAAAUGCACUAAGCUUUAGUUUCUGCCAAUAGUUAACGUUUUGGUUAGAAAAUGGAAAAUGAGUAUCAAUUGCUUCACACUUUUUUUUGGCCAAAUUGCUUCGCACUUUAGAGAGCAUAAAAAAUUAUUAAAAUAAAGUUGAGCAGUUGUACAGACAUGUUGCUCGGUGCAGUUUGCUUGUCUUCUGUUCUGACGCAAUUUUAAAAGUUUUCAAACUAGCAUCUAAUUCUAUUGAAAAUUACUUGUAGAAUGGAGUUGAACUGAUGAGUAGAGGCAUUGAAAAGCCAAGAAAUUUGGAGGACGCGUCUGAUAAAACCAAACCUUGGGAACUGACUGAUAUUGUUGACCCUACUCAGUGUCGAACAGUCACCAUGCCAGGCAACUUGGAUUCUGCUAGUAAGGUUUUACUUUAAUAUAUAUAUUUUUGUUCUCUCUUCAUUUUUGUGUUUAACAUUAUAUUUCAGGAGUGUCUUUUUGAUCUAUCAUUUUUAUGAUUAUUAAAUCGCCUGUUAUCAAGGUUGCUAGACUUCUUUACACAAAUUCCGGUGCCGGAGUUCUUGCUUUUGGUACAAAUAGGGUCCAAAAGCUAUGGAAAUGGAGUCGCAGUGAACAAAAUCCUAGUGGCAAGGCCACUGCUAGCAUUGUUCCACAACAUUGGCAACCAAACAGUGGUCUUCUAACGAUUAAUGAUGUCCCAGAUAAUGCUGAAGACGCAGUUCCAUGCAUAGCACUGUCAAAGAAUGACUCCUCUGUAAUGUCUGCAUGUGGUGGAAAGGUUUCAUUGUUUAAUAUGAUGACAUUCAAGGUAAUGACAACUUUUAUGCCACCUCCUCCAGCUUCAACCUUCCUUGCAUUUCAUCCUCAAGAUAAUAAUAUCAUAGCGAUUGGAAAGGAAGACUGAGCCAUCCACAUUUACA